GAGGCGUUUUCGGUAAACGACAUACGUGAUGUGGGCACUGAAACUUUUGACAAUUUAACGUCAUCACACACCGUACCCGCAACCGUACCAUAGAUCAUCCUUCCUUUCGUCCCGAAAGGUUUCCGUAAAAGUCUCACCUGCAAUUUCUCCUGGCUUAUUCAUGUGUUCAACUGCCUCUACAAAAUCCGUCCAUCAGUUUGAUAUUACAAUACUCAUAACCUUUAGGCAAGAGGUUAGUUCUAAUUCUUGAUCAGGAACAGGUGCGUGGAUGAUAAGCAUUUCGAAUAAUAUGCUCAGAGUAAUCGACGGUUCUACGUGUACAUGCAUUUAUUUUCUCACUGGUUAUUACGAGCGCCAGAAUGUCUAGUUCGGAUAACAGCGGCAUUAGUUGUGUGAGUGAGGUCACUCUUGCAAUCAGUAAAGAAAGAAAUUCCCAGCCCGAUGUACUGCGAACAGUAAAAGACAAUCCUGAUUCCGAUGGUUCCGGGCAUUCCAACACUUUCACGGUACAAACGUUUUCCUACCCUGACCAGAGCAGCCCUCGCAGGAUGUCGGAAACUCGAUAUAUAACGUCUUCCAAUAGUGAGCUCAGAAUACCGAUCAUCGGAUACGAAGUCAUGGAGGAACGAGCAAGAUUCACAGUUUAUAAACUGCGUGUCCAACCAAGAGCGGGAGAUUGCUGGUUCAUAUUCAGAAGAUACACAGACUUUGUGCGUCUUCUGAGCCAGCUGAGGAGGCAGAAAGCGUCGAUAUCUCACUUGUCGUUGCCACGUAAAAAAUGGCUGGGAGAUAAUUUUGCACCUAGUUUUCUGGAGGACAGAAUACGAGGGUUGCAAGAGUUUGUGGACGGAAUUAUUAAAAGUACCAUUUUAGUGCAAAUACCUUGCGUGCGAGAAUUCUUCUGUUUAGAUGAACCGCCUGCACUUUCAGAUACCGUCGAGGAGUCGAGAGCAAUUUUUGAAGCAUUAGAAGACACAAUAUAUCAUCUACGCCAACAACUUAGAGAAAGAGAUGCAGCUUUGGCUGUGGAAUUGGUACGAAGCAAUGAUCUUAGACAAAAACUUCAACAUAUCAUAAGCGUAACCCAGGCGUGUACCAAAUGCAGGUCAGCGUCGGUUGAUUGAAGUUCGAUGUAAUAUGAUUGAUCGUGAUACUUUAGGAAGUAAGUGUUAAGUUAAAUCUUUGUUAUGAAAUAUUAUGAAUAGUUUCUAAUUUUUAUACUUCUAUGAGGCAGUAGUUGGAUGCUUGUAUUUUUGCAAGGAUUUUAUACAGAAGUUUAUCUAAAGUUCACACAUAAGUGUGUUAUAUAUUUAUAUGGACGUUUGUUGAGAUCAUCGGUAGGACUUUCCGCUCGCAUGAUUAGAUUCAUUCGUCGGAUUCACUGUUGGAUUAUUUCGACUUUCAAUUUACCGUGAUAUAGGUACAAAAAGACUGACACCAACCGUAGAUAGUUUUUCGACAAAAAAUGAGCAAUAAUCGAGUCAAAUCAAGCAAAAUAAUAACUACUAAAAAGCCCUGUGCGUCUGUUCAGAGAUUUGAUAUACUUUAGGAAAGCUUUUCGAAAUAUAUCCAAGGUUAUUCCAAGGACCGAGAACUUGUACGUCACUGUACGGAACCACUGAUGUGUAUAAUACACUGGUUUGUUAUGUAUAUUAGUAUGCAGAACGCAGGAUUGUGUAAACUGCUUCUUUUGUAUCUCCGAUGAUUCGGUCUGCAAAAUGAUAAUAGCUAAUCUCAGAAAUCAAAUUCAUUUCCUACCGCUUUUGAAAUAUUAACAUUAGACACCAUUGUGGCCUUGGUAUACCGCUAGUCAAAAUUGUUGUCUGUCUACGGAUUCUGGUAAAGAUAGCAAAAGAAUGUUGUACGCGAAGAUUUAGAGAAAACAUUGGUCAGGUUCAGAAAAUUUUCCUUUGGUAGUAGGUAAUCGCGAAAGUUGUUUGCACACGAUUCAAUGAUACCGACAGAUCAAUGUUAAUUUUUUACAAACGCUACUCAAUUGACAACCAAAUGACAGAUUCACUAACUACGUCGCUUACUUUAUGGAGAUUUUCGUUUUUAGUAUUCCUGUGAUGAUUGUCUGCGGCAUAAUAUUAUUCUUAUUUAUAAUAGAGGAUCGGGUCAUCUUUCAAAUUCAUAUUGCCCGAGAGCGAAUUGUGAAUAAAUAAAAGUAACAAGUUUAGUUUCCCACGCUAUAAGUGCUUUUGAAAUCCGAAGAAUAUUUUGAUCCAUAUUGUAGGUAGCAAUACGGAAAUCAGAACUAUCUUCGGCUCUGACCUUUAUUCUGUUUUUUUCGGUUUUCGAAAGUUUUAUUUAUAAUAACGGCCAAUUUAGGUAUUACCACGAUCUUAUGGCCUAACCAUAAUUCACCACAAAUUAAACAUGAUAUUAUCUAUGUACACUAAACAAGAAUUGAUUGUGGAAUAAAAUCAAAAAAAAUUUCAUCCACGGUA